CCCACAAAGUUGUGAACAUGAAAUUACAACACUUACCCAUAGCCCUCUAUUUUUCUAAGCUCCAUGUACCUAUCCAAAAAAAAAAGACCCUAUCAUACCUGCAUCCACCAGCAUUGCCGGCAGCCCAUUCCACACACUCACCACUCUCUGAGUUAAAAUACUUACCCCUGACAUCUCCUCUGUACCUACUCCCCAGCACCUUAAACCUGUGUCCUCUGUGGCAACCAUUUCAGCUCUGGGAAAAAGCCUCUGACUAUCCACACGAUCAAUGCCUCUCAUCAUCUUAUUCAUCUCUAUCAAGUCACCUCACAUCCUCCGUUGCUCCAAAGAGAAAAGGCCAAGUUCACUCAACCUGUUCUCAUAAGGCAUGCUCCCCAAUCCAGGUAACAUCCUUGUAAAUCUCCUCUGCACCCUUUCUAUAGUUUCCACAUCCUUCCUGUAGUGAGGUGACCGGAACUGAGCACAGCACUCCAAGUGGUGUCUGACCAGGGUCCUAUAUAGCUGCAACAUUACCUCUUAGCUCCUAAAUUCAAUUCCAUGAUUGAUGAAGGCCAAUACACCAUACACCUUCUUAAACACAGAGUCAACCUGCAUAGCUGCUUUGAGCAUCCUAUGGACUCGGACCCCAAGAUCCCUCUGAUCCACCACACUGCCAAGAGUCUUACCAUUAACGCUAUAUUCUGCCAUCAUAAUUGACCUACCAAAAUGGACCACUUCACACUUAUCUGGGUUGAACUCCAUCUGCCACUUCUCAGACCAGUUUUGCAUCCUGUCAAUGUCCCGUUGUAACCUCUGACAGCUUUCCACACUAUCCACAACACCACCAACCUUUGUGUUAUCAGCAAACUUACUAACUCAUCCCUCCACUUCCUCAUCCAGGUCAUUUAUAAAAAUCACGAAGAUUGAGGGUCCCAGAAUAGAUCCCUGAGGCGCACCAGUGGUCAUCGAUCUCCAUGCAGAAUAUGACUUGUCUACAACCACUCUUUGCCUUCUAUAGCCAAGCCAGUUCUGGAUCCACAAAGCAAUGUCCCCUUACUUUCUCAAUAAGCCUUGUAUGAGGUACCUUAUCAAAUGCCUUGCUGAAAUCCAUAUACACUACAUAUACUGCUCUUCCUUCAUCGAUGUGUUUAGUCACAUCCUCAGAAAAUCCAAUCAGGCUUGUAAGGCAUGACCUGCCCUUGAUAAAGCCAUGCUGACUACUCCUAAUCAUACCUCUCCAAGUGUUCAUAAAUCCUGCCUCUCAGGAUCUUCUCCAUCAACUUACCAACCAUUGAAGUAAGACUCACUGGUCUAUGAUUUUCUGGGCUAUCUACUCCCUUUCUUGAACAAAGGAACAACAUCUGCAACCCCCCAAUCCUCCGGAAACUCUCCCAUCCCCUUUCCAAACCAAGGAGCCCAAAACUGCACACAAUACUCUGUGUGGUCUCAUGAGUGCCUUAUAGAGCCUCAACAUCACAUCCCUGCUCUUGUAUUCUAUACCUCUAGAAGUGAAUGCCAACAUUGCAUUCGCCUUCUUCACCACUGACUCAACCUGGAGAUUAACCUUUUGGGUAUCCUGCACAAUGACUCCCAAGUCCCUUUGCAUCUCUGCAUUUUGAAUUCUCUUCCCAUCUACAUAAUAGUCUGCCCGUUUAUUUCUUCUACCAAAGUGCAUGACCAUACACUUUCCAACAUUGUAUUUUAUUUGCCACUUCUUUGCCCAUUCCCCUAAACUAUCUAAGUCUCUCUGAGGGCUCUCUGUUUCCACAACGCUACCCACUCCUCUACCUAUCUUUGUAUCAUCAGCAAAUUUAGCCACAAAUCCAUUAAUCCCAUUGUCCAAAUCAUGGACAUACAUCAUAAAAAGCAGCAGUCCCAACACUGACCCCUGUGGAAUUCCACUGGUAACCGGCAGCCAGCCAGAAUAGGAUCCCUUUAUUUCCACUCUCUGUUUUCUGCUGACCAGCCAAUGCUCCACCCAUGCUAGUAACUUCCCUGUAAUUUCAUGGGCUUUUAUCUUGCUAAGCAGCCUCAUGUGCGGCACCUUGUCAAAGGCCUUCUGAAAAUCCAAGUACACCACAUCUACUGCAUCUUCUUUGUCUACCCUGCCUGUAAUUUCCUUAAAAAACUGCAGUAGCUUAGUCAGGCAGGAUUUUCCUUUCAGGAGACCAUGCUGGCUUUGGCCUAUCAUGUCAUGUGCCUCCAGGUACUCCUCAUGCCUAACAAUCGAUUCUAACAACUUCCCAAUCACUGAUGUCAGGCUAACAGGUCUAUAGUUUCCUUUCUGCUACCUCCCAUCCUUCUUAAGUAGCAGAGUAACAUUUGCAAUUUUUCAGACAUCUGGUACAAAGCCAGAAUCUAUUAAUUCUUGAAAGAUCAUUGUUAAUGCCUCCGCAAUCUCUCCAGCUACUUCCUUCAGAACCCCAGGGUAUAUUCCAUCAGGUCCAGGAGAUUUAUCCAUCCUCAGACCAUUAAGCUUCCUCAGCACCUUCUCAGUCGUAAUUUUCACUGCAUAUACUUCACUUCCCUGACACUCUUCAAUGUCCGGUAUACUGAAAAUGUCUUCCACUGUGAAGACUAAUGCAAAAUAUGCAUUCAUUUCCUCGGCCAUCUCUGUGUCUCUCAUUACAAUAUCUCCAGCAUCAUUUUCUGUUGGUCCUCUAUCUACCCUCAACUCUCUUUUACCAUUUAUAUACUUAAAAAAGAUGCCAGUCUAUUCUAGAAUCUGUCAGUUUUUUAAGAUUGUAUUUAGUGUAUCUAGAUGGCCAAUUUUUUUUCAAACCUUUGUCCUGAGUAUUUAUAAGCCUUCAGUCCCAUUAAUUUUUCUAACUUUUUUUUAAACUAAUGCAGGUUUCCUUUAGCUCCGUGCUGCUGCUGGACCUUUGGCUUACAGCUUCCAGGUUUGAAAGAACGAUAGAGUCAAGUACUGUCUAGGAAAUUUAAGAAGUGUCCAGAUGAGCACUUGAUUCACCCAAUCAUAGAAGGCGAAGAACCAAGUGCUGGUAAAUGGGAUUGGUUUGGAUGGGUUCUUCAGGAUAGCAAUGGAAAGCAUGGGCUGAAAACACUGAUUCUUUAUGACUCUGAGGUUUUCUGUGGCUUCCAUAAAGACAGAUACAAAAUACUGCAAUUAUCUCCCAUUUAUUUUCCAUCACAAUUUCUCCCAUUUCUGUACACGCACAUUAAUUUUCACUAAUCUCAUUCCUUGUAUGUAACUAUAUUCAUCUGGUUCAAUACAAGCUAAUUAAAAGCAUAUUCUGAAGAACUCAGAAAAUGCAAAAUGAUGAAGCCUGCUAUUCUAAUUCUCGUAUAACAAGAAACUGAGAAGAACAGAAGACCAUUACAACAAUCUCAGACUACGCAUUGUUCAUUCCCUGGCAGGCAUCUUCAUUGAGAUAACAUUUUCAAGGUCGAGGAUGACCAGAAACCAAAAGCAGAAAAUGUCGGAAAUAUUCAACAGGUCAAGUGUCAUAUGUGGUAGCGUCGCUCUGCGUGCGGCGAACGCGCUGACGUCAGACGCAGAGCCGGCACGCGGUCCGGAGCGGAGCGGAGCGGAUUGAUCUGAGUGUUACCAUGGUGCUUAAAGGUAAAAGGUUAUCUGGAAAAGGUGGAAGUACACCACCUGGAAAGAACAAAGUUAAAAAGUUUGACAGAUCUAAAAAUGUUUCAUCAGGUGAACCUGGGAAAGGCAAUUCAAAGUUCAAGUCUCAAAAGUUUGAGAAGAAGGCAAAGUUUAAUGCCACUGGAAAAGUGGAAAAAAUCAAGGGACAACAGCACGCUGGAAAAAAGAGGAAGCAAUUGAGUGGAAAUGAAGAGGGAACAGCUGGAAAGAAACCCAAAUGGAAUGAUUUCAAAAAACAAAAGAAGGAACUAAAAGUGAACAGACAACAGGACAAGAAAACUAAUUAUGAUUUAAUAAUCCGAUCAAAGCAGAUCUGGGAAAGUGUAAGAAGAAAAGACUGCAGUAAAGAGAAAAAAGCAGAACUUAUGAAAGAAUUGCAGAAUCUAGUCCAGGGAAAUAUUAAAAAUAUUGCAUUUGCACAUGAUUCUGCCCGAAUAAUCCAGUGUUAUCUUCAGUUUGGUGAUGAAGAACAAAGGCAAGAGGCCUUUGAGGAAUUGAAAGAGCAUCUGGUUGCCUUGAGUAAAUCCAAGUAUGGCAGACAUAUUGUGAAAAAAAUUCUAAUGUAUGGAACUAAGAAACAAGUAGCUGAGGUAAUUAAAAGUUUCAAAGGUGAAGUGAAAAGGUUACUGCGACAUUCGGAGGCAUCAGCAGUUGUGGAAUAUGCGUAUAAUGACAAGGCAGUAUUAGAACAAAGGAAUAUGUUAACUGAAGAGCUAUAUGGAAAUACAUUCAUGAUUUGCAAGUCAUCAUUUUGUUCAACAUUGGAUAAAGUUCUUGAGUCUAAUCCUGACAAGCGAGAAGGAAUAAUGGAAGAAAUGAAAAAGAUCCUCACACCUCUGGCACAGAAAGAAGCAGUAAUAAAGCACACACUGGUACACAAAGCAUUUUUGGAUUUCUUCACAUACUGCCCCGACAAAAUGAGAACGGAAAUGAUUGAAUCGAUGAGAGAAGCAGUCAUCUACAUGGCACAUACGCAUGAUGGGAGCAGAGUAGCCAUGCAUUGUUUAUGGCAUGGAACACCCAAGGAUAGGAAAGUUAUUGUGAAAACAAUGAAGACGUACAUCGAGAAGAUUGCUACUGGUGAAUUUUCUCAUUUGGUUCUCACAGCAGCAUUUGACUGUAUAGAUGAUACAAAACUUGUGAAACAGAUAAUUCUGUCAGAGAUUAUCAGUUCCUUGCCAAAUUUAAUCAACAAUAAAUAUGGCAAGAAGGUGUUGCUCUACCUACUAAGCCCAAGGGACCCUGCACAUAAUGUGCCAGAAAUUAUUAAGCUUCUACAACAAGGUGAUGGCAACGUUCACAGUAAGAAAGAUACAAGCAUUCGUCAUCGUGAGCUGCUAGAAGCCAUCUCACCACAUUUGCUGCAGUAUUUGCAGGAGAAUGCACGUGAAAUGGUGAUGAAUAAAGCCACAAGUGUUAUUGUGGUAGACAUUCUUGGCUGCGCCAUUGGUGAUCUGCAGCCUUCCAUGAACGCUAUAGCUAACAUCGCUGCAGAACCUUUUAAGCCCGGAGGCAACAAUGGCGAGCCCCACAUGGCAGAGCAUCCAGCGGGUCAUCUUGUCCUUAAAUGGUUAAUAGAGCAAGAUGAAAAGAUGAAAGAACUUCAAAAGACAGAGUGCUUUGCCAAAACCUUAGUGGAGCAUGUUGGCAUUAAGAAUCUGCUGACCUGGACGCAAGUAAACCGUGGAGCAAUUGUAGUUUGCAGUCUUCUUCAAAGUAACAAUGACGACGUAGCCCUGGAAGUGAAGAAAGGUUUAAAGGGCCUUAUUCCCAAGUUCAAGAAAAUGACAAACGUGAAGGGUGUGGAAAUAUUGUUAGAAAAAUUGACUGCCGGUAGUGUAAAGCCCUGAUUAAAAGCAGCUGAAAACAAGUUUGUGAAACUUUAGACAAUAACUAAUUGACUGUUUAUUAAUUUAAACUUUUGUAUAUUGGGAAGAGAAUAACUAUUUUCUUCACAAUGUUUGUUGCGUCAGACAAAACUAUUCCAUUAGGCUCUACAUUUCACCAAAUGGUGUCUUCAAGAGAAUCUUGGAAAUGUUGUAAGAUACAAUUGUGCCAUCUUAGUGCACCAGCACCAUCAAGGUGGUUUUUAAAGCAGUGAAGCUUCUGUCUUCUUGAAUUUGCAGUACAUUGCAGUUUAUAAUUGAUAGAUUUGUGAAUUAAAAGCAAAAAAUGCUGAAUUUUGAGAUUAGUAAUUUCUUUUAAAUAUUGAUUAUUUGGGAAGACAAGGUGCUACCAAAUACCAACCUUAUUAUUGCUUAUUUGUAAAUCAUGUUUGGGAAAGUUUUACCUAUUCUACUUUUAUAAUUGGAUGCUAUUAUUCUUAUGUAAUAAAAGUAAAAUGUUUUAUUUAUAUAAAAAUAAAAUCACUCCUAGU